AUGUUUGGGAAACAAGACAAAAUGGACGUUAGAUGCAGUUCAGAGACUGAAGCUAACCGGGUCUCGAAGAACGGACAUAAAGAGGGCAAGGAAAGCAAAGGGUCUGAAGGAAAUAUUUCUACUUCUUUUUUGAAGGAUCAGCAAGGGACUUUUUCUGCCUCUGCAGCUACGGAAGACUGUAAUAAAAGUAAAUCUAGUUCGGCUGAUCCGGACUAUUGCAGGAGGAUCCUAGUUAGAGAUGCCAAAGGUUCAAUCAGAGAGAUUAUUCUGCCUAAGGGGCUUGAUCUGGACCGUCCCAAGCGGACCCGCACCUCCUUCACGGCCGAGCAGCUCUACCGCCUGGAGAUGGAGUUCCAGCGCUGCCAGUACGUCGUGGGGCGGGAGCGCACCGAGCUCGCCCGCCAGCUCAAUCUCUCCGAGACUCAGGUCAAGGUCUGGUUCCAGAACCGGCGCACCAAGCAGAAAAAGGACCAGGGCAAGGACUCCGAGCUGCGGUCGGUGGUGUCCGAGACCGCCGCCACCUGCAGCGUCCUGCGGCUGCUGGAGCAAGGCCGGCUGCUUUCCCCGCCGGGGCUGCCCGGCCUCCUGCCGCCCUGCGCCACCGGAGCCCUGGGCUCGGCGCUGCGCGGACCCGGCCUGGCGGCUGGCAGCGGCAGCGCGGCGGCGGCGGCGGCUCCCACCGGCGGCUCCCCGCACCCGCCGGCCGCCAGCAGCGCGGCGGGACCCCCCCCGCCGGCAGCGCUGCACGGAGCGGCCGCCGCCGGGCACGGGCUGUUCGGGCUGCCGGUGCCCGCGCUGCUGGGCUCGGUGGCCGGGCGGCUCUCCUCCGCGCCCCUGGCCGUGGCCGGCUCGCUGGCGGGCAACUUGCAGGAACUGUCGGCCCGCUACCUGAGCUCGUCCGCCUUCGAGCCCUACUCCCGGACCAACAAUAAAGAAAGCGCUGAGAAAAAAGCACUGGACUGACUCUAAGUAACUUCCCCGUAUUUAUAUUUAUAGUCUC